GUUUCAGCGGGCGCUCAUAGUCACUCAACUUGGUGCGUUUGUAUUCUGCGCGCUUGAAAUAUGUGAUUCGUGGGGCACAACUCCAUGACUGCUUGGCAAGGGCAACUCUUUCUUCUUGACGGUCUGGUACCGUAGAAUGGCUGUCACCAUGCCGGGCAUAGUUCCAGAAGUUAUUCAAGAGCCUGGUGGAAGAGUGAAGGGAUUGACCAUCGUUAAGCCCAUUGUGUAUGGCAACGUUGCUCGGUACUUUGGGAAGAAACGAGAGGAAGAUGGCCACACCCAUCAGUGGACCGUCUACUUGAAGUCGUACAAAAAUGAGGACAUGUCUACCUAUGUAAAGAAGGUACACUUCAAGCUUCAUGAAAGCUACCCAAACCAGAACAGAGUGGUGACGAAACCGCCAUACGAAGUCACAGAAACUGGCUGGGGUGAAUUCGAAAUUGUCAUCAAGAUAUACUUCAUGGACACCACAGAGAGACCGGUGACUCUCUACCACAUCUUGAAGCUCUUCCAAAGUGAAACCAACAUCAUGCUCGGGAAGAAACAGCUUGUGACGGAAAUGUACGACGAGCUGAUAUUUUCUGAACCCACAGUGAUGAUGCAGCAGCUGCUUACAAGCACGAGGCCUCUUACAGUGGGACCAUACAAACAUGAAUAUGACUUCGAAGAGAAGAAAGAGAAGUCGCUGCAUUCCAUUCUCCAGGCAAAAAACAAGAUUCGUCUCGAAGUGGCUGACCUCAAAGAGCGCCUCAAAGUGGCCAGGGAGACUAUCGACAAGUACAAGUCUGAAAUUAACAAAUUGGAGUCACAAGGUGAUGUAGACACUGGCGGAACAACCACACCUAGUGCCGCACCCUGAUGGGCUUUCGUCGCCCAAGAGUCUGGUGUGAUGUUUCUGCGAGUGCCAGUGUGUGCUAUGGACAUGUUGCAUUGGUUGAAUAGAGCCAAAUGUGGUGCUCUUCUUGAGAGCACGAACACUGUCGCAUGUUGACAUGUUUGUCUCUUUUUCAGAGUGUUUGUAAGCCAACAAGCAUGUAUAGUAUUCCCCUUAUGUCAAUUGAACGCUUUCUUCUUUUGCGUCAAUCUUUACCCAAUAGAAAAAAAAAUUGCUUCAGGUUUGAGCUGUUUUAGCUUUACAAUUUAGAACUUUGGAUGUGACUAACAUUUGUUUCAAAAGAGCAUGCUUUUUAUGUGUCCUAACAUUGUUGCAGUCAGUCUCACGCCCUGGGUAAAUGAUUUGUGGGUUCACUGCUUAUACUAUUGCCCAUAUUGUGGUACCUUAACUGUAUGUCCUGAGGCAUUGGGCGUUGUAGUUACCACUGUUCAUUUAUCGGGCUGCAUCAGGCACAUUACAACAUGUACUAUGCUGAAAAUGCAGUGCACUAUCACACGUGAGGUACCAUAUUCACUCCCGUAAUGAAACCACCUUUUUUUUUUUUUUUUUUUCAGAAAAGUUGACGUUGAUUUGGGGGAAGGGUUCAUUACGCGGCAGAAAAAAAAAAAGUGACGGGAGUUAUAACAGUGAAAAUUUCGCAUGACAGUGUUGCUUGCGUUGGCCCGCGAAAUGUGCGACGAAUCAUUUUUGUAGCCCGAAGCUCUUGUUUUCUCCUGUAACAAAUUCACACGAAUCAACACAGAAGUGUGGUCCAGCCGCUCGGUUCCUAUGCUCGGGCACAUGCUGUUUGCAGCCAGCUGUGUAGCUAGCAUACCUGCCGAAGGCGCCCUGUGCAGGAGGUGUCGAAACCAAGUUCACAACAACAAAUGCGAGGAACAGGGUGUCGUAUUGCGGUACACGAACAUUGUGGUAGACGUCGCGGGUGUACGACACACCGUCGGCACAGUGGGUGCGGUUGUGCUUUGCAUGGUCUUCGAGAUGGCGGGCACACGGCAUGUUUUUACGCUGCACGCCCGCUUUUUAAGAGGCCACGCACUUUGUUUUCGUGCCGUUGUGCUUGCAUGACGCUAUCAACAAAGAUUCUCCUGCAUUUGAGAGAUGGCGAUUUGCCGCAAAAGGUGCAACUUGCAAAUUUUGAUCAACAUCAUCCGCGCUCGCGUUUCUCGCAACUGUUUAGCAUGGUUUCGGAACUAUGUUUUGACGUUUUUGCGUUGUUAUUUUGCAGUUUAAUAGCUUGAUUUGACAUUGUUUUGAUCGUGAACGGCACUGGUUAUCAUACCGAAUUAAAAUUAACAGAUACACUAAAAAAUGUUUUUUUUUUUCUUUUUUCGAGGACUAAGCUUGGAGGUGGGUUCAUUAUGCGAGUAAAUAUGGCGUAUGGUUAAACUUUGCAUAGGUCAGCGAACUCACUCAUGAGUCGACUCACUCUGACUCACCAUGACUCAGAUCAAGCCAUGAGUCUGAGUUUAAGUGAGUUCGGCUCAGUAAAAUUUUGUUGAGCCUGAGUACGAAUGAGUCCACAGCGCAAUAUGUAUUUGUUGAGUGAGUGUGAUUGAGCUCCACUUUCUUUUGCCAACCUAAGGCCCUAUCUAGUCAUCUUCAGCAUUACUAUCAGCCUUGUCUGGAUUCGUUUGUACACCAUUUGAAUAUUUAUUAAUCAGAGGCGUGAAUUAUAUAAGGACGUGCCUUGACCUUCUCUCGACCAAGUAUUCCAGAGAAGUUCUUGGUAAAUAUAUCUUAUGCUGUCAGCUCUUCCAAGAAAAAUGACCUUACUGGUUUAGAAGCGCUCGGAACUCGUUUUCGAAGUUGCAGUGUUAAACAACGCCAGGAAGAGCUCCCAUUACGUGAGAUAUUGGUACAGUUAAACCUGCUUAUAACGAACCUUCAUAUAACGAAGUUUUCUCAUUCCCCGUCGUCGCUCCAUAAAAGCACAUGUAUUUGCGACCUCUAAGUUGCAUAAUAACAGUGGGAGACAACAUUGAUAUAACGAAUUUUCGCCACGGACAAUCGAGGAAUUUCGCUCCGCAUUUUGGUACGAACAUGCAUCUUUCACGACUGCCCCGCCGCCGCUGAAGCACGAAGCCGUGGCGGCGGGCACGUCGGCCACGUCCAGCAAGCCUGAGCUCUACGAGCCGGCUUUGUCGUCGUUCUCGCCGCCUCGCUCGCAUGCGCGGGAGUGCCCCCCACCCCCCCACUCCAAACCAACAGAAAAAAAAAAACUACUUUUGCGUGUUGGCAAUGCCACGCCUUUAGUUAGCGUCACAUAUAUGGGACCGCGCUACAUAUGGAGGGCGCUUUACCGAUUAGUUUUCCACGGUAUCUGUGUCCAUGUCGUUUGCUCUUCGUUUUCGACCCCGUGCGCGUGUGCAUAGUUUCACUGCGUGUUUCGCUGCUAAUCUUGCUUUCAAAGUUGCAUUGUGAAACGGCGCCAGGAAGAGCUCCGAUUACGUGAGAUAUUUGUUAAUAAAAAACAUUCACACCGAGGUCGAAGAAGCUCAUUCCAGGCAAACGAAGUUAUGAGUCGACUUAGUCGGACUUGGAUCGAGCUGCGAGUCUGAGUGAGUCCAAGUGAGUAAUGUUUUGGUGAGUUUAAGUCCGGGUAAGUCCAGUAGAAGAAAAAUUUUUUUGCAAGUCUGAGUCCGAGAGAUCAAAGCUCUGAAUAUAUUUAAUGAGACUCUGAGUGAGCUCCACGAGUUUUGCUGACCUAUGGUAAAUUAUCAGAGCAAAGUGUUCUAUGCGGAAGCUAAGGUGCUCUCUGUGGCGAGUUCAAUGUAGAAGCUGCAUCAUCAAAUGCCAACUGAUGGAAUGUUGUCGUGUUGUAGUACUACUGGGAUAUUGCUAGGUGUGUGCUAGAAAUGGUAAGUCGUUGAGUUUAUCCCGAGAGUGUCGCCCGAUCCGACCCGUGCUGCCUCCAAGUCGUCAUCAAAAUGUUGUGUGUGUGAAGUCUCCAGUGAAAGUAUUUAUGGAGUAUGCUCAUGUAUUUCAUGUUUUCUUCGCUCCAAAUAUCUCAGUGAGCAAGGGAGGAGAGGCUUCGCCCGGAAUACAAAUCUUGCACCUGCUGAUGUUUCGGAGCUGCAGAAAUAAAUGCGGAAUUGUGCCUGCUGACCACAUUUGUGCCUUGAAGUAGGGUGCCUAGAAUAUUCCACAGUGUUAGUACCGACCAGCUUUCUUGUUUUCAAACAGAACGCGUCACUGUGUUAUAUUAGCAGCUAAUCCUUUAUCUGAAUAAACGUGGCAUCGUGGU